AUGAUACAACUUCAACAAAAUCUGAUGGACAUGUUUGUUAUACUUGAUGACCUACUAGAUGAUAAAACAAAUAUUUUGAAACCAAUAAUUGAGGAAAUGAAAACAGUUCUUCUAGCAGAGUACGAUUAUAUUGAAAAAACACAAGGACAACUCCAGACUGCAACUGUAGAAGAGAAAAUUCAUAAUAUAACCAAGAAAAUUUUAAAUGUUUACGAACAAUUACAGUUGCUCAAAAAGGAUUCGACUGAAGGAGAGGCCAACAAAGAAGAAGUGCCACUUGAAAGACAGUCUAUCGAUGAGCAAAAACUGGAGACGAAGGAAAACAAACAAGCAGAAAAGGAUGCUGAACAGAAGGCCCAGAAGGGAGAAGUAUCUGAAGUUGUUGCUGAGAAAGUAUCUGAGGAAAAGUCUCCAGAAAGUAAGAAGCCAGGUGUCAAGGAAUCUGAAGCUGAAGCCCAAAACGCAAAGCUCCUAGAACAACAGUCUAUUGAAGAGCAGAAGUUGGACACAAAGCAAAUGAAAAAGUCUGAAAAGGAUGCUGAAAAGAAGCCCCAGAAGGGUGAAGUAUCUGAAGUUGUUGCUGAGAAAGUAUCUGAAGAAAAGUCUCCAGCAAGUAAGAAGCCAGGUGUCAAGGAAUCUGAAGCUGAAGCCCAAAAGGCAAAGAUUCUGGAGCAACAAUCUGUAGAAGAGCAGAAGGUGGAUGAGACACUAAAGAAACAGACAGAAGAGGAAGCUCAACAGAAGGCCCAGAAGGGAGAGGUAUCUGAAGUUGUUGCUGAGAAAGUAUCUGAAGAAAAGACUCCGGAAAGUAAGAAGCCAGGUGUCAAGGAAUCUGAAGCUGAAGCCCAAAACGCAAAGCUCCUAGAACAACAGUCUAUUGAAGAGCAGAAGUUGGACACAAAGCAAAAGAAAAAGUCUGAAAAGGAUGCUGAAAAGAAGGCCCAGAAGGGUGAAGUAUCUGAAGUUGUUGCUGAGAAAGUAUCUGAAGAAAAGUCUCCAGCAAGUAAGAAGCCAGGUGUCAAGGAAUCUGAAGCUGAAGCCCAAAAGGCAAAGAUUCUGGAGCAACAAUCUGUAGAAGAGCAAAAGAAAAAAUCGGAAAAAGAUGCUGAAAAGAAGGCCCAGAAGGGAGAAGUAUCGAAAGUUGUUGCUGAAAAAGUAUCUGAAGAAAAGACUCCGGAAAGUAAGAAGCCAGGUGUCAAGGAAUCUGAAGCAGAGGCUCAAAAGGCAAAGAUUCUGGAGCAACAGUCUAUUGAAGAGCAGAAGUUGGACACAAAGCAAAAGAAAAUGUCUGAAAAGGAUGCUGAAAAGAAAGCUCAGAAGGGAGAAGUAUCUGAAGUUGUUGCUGAGAAAGUAUCUGAAGAAAAGUCUCCAGCAAGUAAGAAGCCAGGUGUCAAGGAAUCUGAAGCUGAAGCCCAAAAGGCAAAGAUUCUGGAGCAACAAUCUGUAGAAGAGCAGAAGGUGGAUGAGACACUAAAGAAACAGACAGAAGAGGAAGCUCAACAGAAGGCCCAGAAGGGAGAAGUAUCGAAAGUUGUUGCUGAAAAAGUAUCUGAAGAAAACACUCCAGAAAGCAAGAAGCCGGAUGUCAAGGAAUCUGAAGCUGAAGUUCAAAAGACGAAUAUGCAAGCCAAAUUCUUGGAUAUAGUCGAGGCAUCUAAAUCACAAACAUCAAAUACAGAUUUAUUACAGAUCGUUACCAAUUGCAAGGAUAUGAUCGAGAAUCUUGAGGACUCCGAAAAGGUCGCUAAGUCCAUAUUCAAACUAAGGGAGCAUAUUGUUCAUACAUAUGAUGGGAAAUCACCUGAAGAACAAGCUGACAAGGAAAUUGUUGAGGCCUUUAUUGAAUCACUUAUUCAGGCCUGUCCAGAUGCAGCAGAGAAAAUAAUUACGAGUUACAUAAAAGAAAUUAAGAUGAAUAUUGUUUUAACUAAAGCAGCUAUUCAACUUAUUGGCGAUUCUGAAAUCGGAAAUAAAUCAUCGUUGAUUGUACCAAAAUUAGUUAACCUCGAAAAUAUUUCAGAGAAUAUUAAGUCAGAUUUGCAUAUUGAAAAGUCCUCUGUUAAGAUGAUACAACUUCAACAAAAUCUGAUGGACAUGUUUGUUAUACUUGAUGACCUACUAGAUGAUAAAACAAAUAUUUUGAAACCAAUAAUUGAGGAAAUGAAAACAGUUCUUCUAGCAGAGUACGAUUAUAUUGAAAAAACACAAGGACAACUCCAGACUGCAACUGUAGAAGAGAAAAUUCAUAAUAUAACCAAGAAAAUUUUAAAUGUUUACGAACAAUUACAGUUGCUCAAAAAGGAUUCGACUGAAGGAGAGGCCAACAAAGAAGAAGUGCCAUUUGAGAGACAAUCUAUCGAUGAGCAAAAACUGGAGACGAAGAAAAACAAACAAGCAGAAAAGGAUGCUGAACAGAAGGCCCAGAAGGGAGAAGUAUCUGAAGUUGUUGCUGAGAAAGUAUCUGAAGAAAAGACUCCGGAAAGUAAGAAGCCAGGUGUCAAGGAAUCUGAAGCAGAGGCUCAAAAGGCAAAGAUUCUGGAGCAACAAUCUAAAGAAGAGCAGAAGUUGGAUGAGACACUAAAGAAACGGACUGAAGCGGAAGCUCAACAGAAGGCCCAAAAGGGAGAAGUAUCUGAAGUUGUUGCUGAGAAAGUAUCUGAAGAAAAGACUCCGGAAAGUAAGAAGCCAGGUGUCAAGGAAUCUGAAGCUGAAGCCCAAAAGGCAAAGAUCCUAGAACAACAGUCUCUUGAAGAGCAGAAGUUGGACACAAAGCAAAAGAAAAAGUCUGAAAAGGAUGCUGAAAAGAAGCCCCAGAAGGGUGAAGUAUCUGAAGUUGUUGCUGAGAAAGUAUCUGAAGAAAAGUCUCCAGCAAGUAAGAAGCCAGGUGUCAAGGAAUCUGACGCAGAGGCUCAAAAGGCAAAGAUUCUGGAGCAACAAUCUAUAGAAGAGCAGAAGUUGGAUGAGACACUAAAGAAACAGACUGAAGCGGAAGCUCAACAGAAGGCCCAGAAGGGAGAGGUAUCUGAAGUUGUUGCUGAGAAAGUAUCUGAAGAAAAGACUCCGGAAAGUAAGAAGCCAGGUGUCAAGGAAUCUGAAGGUGAAGCCCAAAAGGCAAAGAUUCUGGAGCAACAAUCUAAAGAAGAGCAGAAGUUGGAUGAGACACUAAAGAAACAGACAGAAGAGGAAGCUCAACAGAAGGCCCAGAAGGGAGAAGUAUCUGAAGUUGUUGCUGAGAAAGUAUCUGAAGAAAACACUCCAGAAAGUAAGAAGCCGGAUGUCAAGGAAUCUGAAGCUGAAGUUCAAAAGACGAAUAUGCAAGCCAAAUUCUUGGAUAUAGUCGAGGCAUCUAAAUCACAAACAUCAAAUACAGAUUUAUUACAGAUCGUUACCAAUUGCAAGGAUAUGAUCGAAAAUCUUGAGGACUCCGAAAAGGUCGCUAAGUCCAUAUUCAAACUAAGGGAGCAUAUUGUUCAUACAUAUGAUGGGAAAUCACCUGAAGAACAAGCUGACAAGGAAAUUGUUGAGGCCUUUAUUGAAUCACUUAUUCAGGCCUGUCCAGAUGCAGCAGAGAAAAUAAUUACGAGUUACAUAAAAGAAAUUAAGAUGAAUAUUGUUUUAACUAAAGCAGCUAUUCAACUUAUUGGCGAUUCUGAAAUCGGAAAUAAAUCAUCGUUGAUUGUACCAAAAUUAGUUAACCUCGAAAAUAUUUCAGAGAAUAUUAAGUCAGAUUUGCAUAUUGAAAAGUCCUCUGUUAAGAUGAUACAACUUCAACAAAACUUGAUGGAUAUGUUUGUUAUAAUUGAUGACCUACUAGAUGAUAAAACAAAUAUUUUGAAACCAAUAAUUGAGGAAAUGAAAACAGUUCUUCUAGCAGAGUACGAUUAUAUUGAAAAAACACAAGGACAACUCCAGACUGCAACUGUAGAAGAGAAAAUUCAUAAUAUAACCAAGAAAAUUUUAAAUGUUUACGAACAAUUACAGUUGCUCAAAAAGGAUUCGACUGAAGGAGAGGUCAACAAGGAAGAAGUGCCGCUUGAAAGACAAUCUAUCGAUGAGCAAAAACUAGAGACGAAGAAAAACAAACAAGCAGAAAAGGAUGCUGAACAGAAGGCCCAGAAGGGAGAAGUAUCUGAAGUUGUUGCUGAGAAAAUAUCUGAAGAAAAGACUUCAGAAAGUAAGAAGCCAGGUGUCAAGGAAUCUGAAGCAGAGGCUCAAAAGGCAAAGAUUCUGGAGCAACAAUCUAUAGAAGAGCAGAAGGUGGAUGAGACACUAAAGAAACAGACAGAAGAGAAAGCUCAACAGAAGGCCCAGAAGGGAGAAGUAUCUGAAGUUGUUGCUGAGAAAGUAUCUGAAGAAAAGACUUCAGAAAGUAAGAAGCCAGGUGUCAAGGAAUCUGAAGCAGAGGCUCAAAAGGCAAAGAUUCUGGAGCAACAAUCUAUAGAAGAGCAGAAGGUGGAUGAGACACUAAAGAAACAGACAGAAGAGAAAGCUCAACAGAAGGCCCAGAAGGGAGAAGUAUCUGAAGUUGUUGCUGAGAAAGUAUCUGAAGAAAAGACUCCGGAAAGUAAGAAGCCAGGUGUCAAGGAAUCUGAAGCAGAGGCUCAAAAGGCAAAGAUUCUGGAGCAACAGUCUAUUGAAGAGCAGAAGUUGGACACAAAGCAAAAGAAAAAGUCUGAAAAGGAUGCUGAAAAGAAGGCCCAGAAGGGUGAAGUAUCUGAAGUUGUUGCUGAGAAAGUAUCUGAAGAAAAGACUCCAGAAAGUAAGAAGCCAGGUGUCAAGGAAUCUGAAGCAGAGGCUCAAAAGGCAAAGAUUCUGGAGCAACAAUCUAUAGAAGAGCAGAAGGUGGAUGAGACACUAAAGAAACAGACAGAAGAGAAAGCUCAACAGAAGGCCCAGAAGGGAGAAGUAUCUGAAGUUGUUGCUGAGAAAGUAUCUGAAGAAAAGACUCCGGAAAGUAAGAAGCCAGGUGUCAAGGAAUCUGAAGCAGAGGCUCAAAAGGCAAAGAUUCUGGAGCAACAGUCUAUUGAAGAGCAGAAGUUGGACACAAAGCAAAAGAAAAUGUCUGAAAAGGAUGCUCAACAGAAGGCCCAGAAGGGUGAAGUAUCUGAAGUUGUUGCUGAGAAAGUAUCUGAAGAAAAGACUUCAGAAAGUAAGAAGCCAGAUGUCAAGGAAUCUGAAGCAGAGGCUCAAAAGGCAAAGAUUCUGGAGCAACAGUCUAUUGAAGAGCAGAAGUUGGACACAAAGCAAAAGAAAAAGUCUGAAAAGGAUGCUGAAAAGAAGGCCCAGAAGGGUGAAGUAUCUGAAGUUGUUGCUGAGAAAGUAUCUGAAGAAAAGACUCCAGAAAGUAAGAAGCCGGGUGUCAAGGAAUCUGAAGCAGAGGCUCAAAAGGCAAAGAUUCUGGAGCAACAAUCUAUAGAAGAGCAGAAGUUGGAUGAGACACUAAAGAAACAGACAGAAGAGGAAGCUCAACAGAAGGCCCAAAAGGGAGAAGUAUCUGAAGUUGUUGCUGAGAAAGUAUCUGAAGAAAAGACUCCGGAAAGUAAGAAGCCAGGUGUCAAGGAAUCUGAAGCAGAGGCUCAAAAGGCAAAGAUUCUGGAGCAACAAUCUAUAGAAGAGCAGAAAUUAGACACAAAGCAAAAGAAAAAAUCUGAAAAGGAUGCUGAAAAGAAGCCCCAGAAGGGUGAAGUAUCUGAAGUUGUUGCUGAGAAAGUAUCUGAAGAAAAGUCUCCAGCAAGUAAGAAGCCAGGUGUCAAGGAAUCUGACGCAGAGGCUCAAAAGGCAAAGAUUCUGGAGCAACAAUCUAUAGAAGAGCAGAAAUUAGACACAAAGCAAAAGAAAAAAUCUGAAAAGGAUGCUGAAAAGAAGGCCCAGAAGGGUGAAGUAUCUGAAGUUGUUGCUGAGAAAGUAUCUGAAGAAAAGACUCCAGAAAGUAAGAAGCCGGAUGUCAAGGAAUCUGAAGCUGAAGUUCAAAAGACGAAUAUGCAAGCCAAAUUCUUGGAUAUAGUCGAGGCAUCUAAAUCACAAACAUCAAAUACAGAUUUAUUACAGAUCGUUACCAAUUGCAAGGAUAUGAUCGAAAAUCUUGAGGACUCCGAAAAGUUGCUCAAAAAGGAUUCGACUGAAGGAGAGGCCAACAAAGAAGAAGUGCCAUUUGAGAGACAAUCUAUCGAUGAGCAAAAACUGGAGACGAAGAAAAACAAACAAGCAGAAAAGGAUGCUGAACAGAAGGCCCAGAAGGGAGAGGUAUCUGAAGUUGUUGCUGAGAAAGUAUCUGAAGAAAAGACUCCGGAAAGUAAGAAGCCAGGUGUCAAGGAAUCUGAAGCAGAGGCUCAAAAGGCAAAGAUUCUGGAGCAACAAUCUAUAGAAGAGCAGAAGUUGGAAUCAAAGCAAAAGAAAAAAUCGGAAAAAGAUGCUGAAAAGAAGGCCCAGAAGGGUGAAGUAUCUGAAGUUGUUGCUGAGAAAGUAUCUGAAGAAAAGUCUUCAGAAAUCUAUUGA